AUGGUGAUUUCAGGUAGGGCAGGAGUACCCAUGGAAGUGAUGGGUCUGAUGUUAGGAGAGUUUGUGGAUGAUUAUACAGUCAGAGUCAUUGAUGUAUUUGCAAUGCCACAAAGUGGAACUGUAAGUCAUUCAUUUAUGUUUAUUACUAUCAGAUAUACGUAUUAACUAAAAUAAUAUUCAUUUUUUCUCACUUCAUCGCACUCACUACCAUUUUUGAUUUACAGUAAUUAAAUUUGCAAUUUUUUUUCUGUGCUUUUCCACAUGUAAAACUUUCAAGUUUGUUAUGACAAAUCAUCAAACCAAUUUAUCAACAAUUUUUUGGUUGGCAAGGCUGUGCUUUAGUAGUGCCAGGUGGUCCCCGGUGCCUUACUUUUGCUCUUGGGUGACUAGAAAAUCUUAGUUUUUUUCAUACAAAUUGUAUGCUGGCCACCCUGGAUUUCUCAAGUUCAGAGUAACUGUACUGGGCUCCCUUCAUUUUUUCAUAGAGCACAGCCUUUACUGGAUCGCCACCAGCCUUGAACACUUUGAUAAAACAAGCCAUUGAAACAUAGGAUCAACUAGGAAGAUGGUCAUGCAUUCUUAACUGAUAAUGUAAUAAAUAUUGUACUUGAAAAAUCAAGGAAGCUACACAAUGUAUGGAGAUUAAGGCGAGACACCCAUCACUUCAUUUUUGUCGCAAUACUCCUAUACUGUUUUAUGGUUAGGUAACUAAUAUGUUACAUGUUACUACCCCUACUCAACCAGACUGACGAAGGCUGAGUGACUCAGCCUAAAUAGCAAUAAUGCAUUGGUGAAAUUCAUUACGUCUCAGUUAAAUUCUUUCAAAUGAUGCAUCUGGAACGUAGAACAAACAUUUUUGCUUUUAUCCUUUACCCAUACACCCUGUAACAUCACAAUGAUUAUUAAAUUUCGUUGGUGUUUUUGCUUUGUUUUGUUUCGUACUAGUUAUAUAUUGUUAUAUUUAUAUUUACUUAUAGGGUGUAAGCGUUGAGGCAGUAGAUCCUGUCUUCCAAGCAAAGAUGUUGGACAUGUUAAAACAGACUGGCAGGUGAUUUAUUUUUCCUCAUUACAUUAAUAUUAUUCUUUGCUCUGAAACGCACCAAAAGCCAAAUUUUAAAUCUAGUCUAAAUCUGCAUUUUAUAAAAGUGUUGAAGCAUAAAAUAUGACCAAGCAAAAGUGAUAAAUGCGUGUAGCUUUAUGUGAAUGCUCACUUUUGAGAGUUUAUCCAAAGACUCAAAAGUUGGAAUCACUUUAUCACAUGAUUGUACACCGUACCACAGAAAAUUAAUGUUUGGUUCCUUGCAUUUCAGUGGUCAAAGUUUAGGAUUAUACCAUUAAGGUGUUUCAAUACAGUUUUUCCACGUUAUAACAUUCACUGUUUUGAUGUUGUGCUAAUUUUUCCAAAUAAUUUUAUUAAUGUGCACCAUACAUACCUCCAUUGUUAGAACAUUUCACUGAGAAUAUUGUCAAUGAUUUGCAUUCAUAAGAUGCAAUAAAAUUUAUGGAGUCAUGGAAGUAUGAAUGGUGCACCCUGAUUUGGAAAAAUUAGCAUAAUGUCAUAAUAGUGAAUGUUUUAGUGAGGAUUUUUGCCGGUUUGUAGGUUAGGUUCGUCUUGAAAGUUCCAGGUGUUACACGGAAUCAAUCCUAGUGAAAGUUUCAGACAUAAUUAUAUACAUCGUUAAGAUUAUGUCAUGAGGUUUUAAAAGAAUUCUGUCAAGCCAUUCCAGAGAUAUACAGAAAAGUGCUAAAAGUCAAAAUUUAGGAUAACAUUACACUUAGACAGGUGGUGAGACAUGUUAGUUUUCAGGAUCACAAAAAAAAAAAUACACAAAAAUUUCCAAGCAGUGAAAAAUGAUAUUUAAGUAGCAUUCUGAGGCUACUUAAGGUGAAUAAGAACUUUUUUAUUAAACAGUUUAUCACGUCUAUUGAAAAUAAUUAUAAGGUUUGGAAUAUAUUUACAUUUUAUUUGAAUUCAAACUCACAAAAUUUUUUACUUCUCACAGAAUUUAUUUGCUAAACACCACACUUUCAAGUUCCUGUUGUCAGAUUUUCUGAGUAGCAGGUCUAGAUCGUGCAAAAAGUGGCUUUUAUCCAUUUCAAAGUUUUUUGUUUAUUGUUGUCACAGUGAUAUUGAUUUCUCUGCAGUUUGGCAAACUUCAAUCCAUAAUCAGUCAGUGGAGAAAAUUUUAUAGUGAUUGGACAGGGAUAAAAUCACUUUUAAAGCAAUUGAAAAAUUUUGGUAUGGCCUCCGAAAAACUGUAUUGAAACACCUUAACAGACCCAAAAGUCAUAACCACCUUUUACAUGUACAACAUAAUAAACACCACCACAGGAAAGUACUGCUCAGUAGCUUUCAUUUGAAUGAUCACACCACAGGAUUUCCUUGUAAGACUCAAGAGUUAAAACCACCUUGUACAACAUAACUCUUAGUUACUUCCAAAUUUGCGUUGAUUUUAAUGAAAAUACAUGUUGAAAUAAUUCUCAUAUGGGUUUUGCAUACCCUGAUGCCUUCCUCAGAAGCUACUGAAACCUCAGUAAUUAGCCCAUGCUGCAGACGAAGCUAAACUCUGCUUAAGUCCGUCUGUGAAACAGCGCCAAAAUCCUUGUUCUAGGCCACCACCUUAAGUAAUUGCCAUGAUUGGCCUGUUGAAAAUGCCAUUGUUGAUUUGCCAAUCAAGAUGAAAGUAAAUUCGAAAAGCUCUUCUGGUAAUUUGUUGAGUCCAUUUGGGGCCGGAACAAGAAUAUUGGUGCUGCUUCACAGACAUUACUAACCAAGGUUAAAUAUGUCUGCGAUGCAGGCUACUUAGUAAUAAACUGUAGGAGAUUCUGAGUGGUACAGCUGUAGACAUUGUUGUUUGUUUGUUUCUUAGGCCAGAAAUGGUGGUUGGUUGGUAUCACUCUCACCCGGGCUUUGGCUGCUGGCUCUCUGGAGUUGAUAUUAACACUCAGCAGGUACGUAUUGCAUGUACAUGUUCUGGUUCAAUUUAUCCUUGGUUUAAAUUUUAUUUCCCUUUGUUUUGGGGUAUGGUAAUGUAUGAUAAUGAGUGAAAAACAAAGAGAAAUAAAAUUUAAACCAAGGAUAAAAUUGAACCACAACAUACACAUUGAACUGGCAUAAAAAUCACCUUAUGUAUAUGGAAGUAAAAAAAAAAUGAAGAGUAUUGGAAUAAACAAGGGCAUGCAUUAGUAAGGGAUCUGGAAAAUCAUUUUGAUACAUUGUGAUUCCCUUGGUGUUGUAACUUUGAGAACCCUGCUCAGGUGCAUGGUUUAUACUUUUUGUACUGGCAUGUGCCCUGUUUCUUUGGGCUUAAUGGAUUGACCUAUUUUUUUCAAGAAUGGCCUUGGGCUUCAGUGUUUGCACGCACCUUGAAAGUCCUUGAAAGUGAAAGUCCUUGAAUUUAAAAUAUAAAUUCAAGGCCUUGAAAAUCCUUGAAAAUUACAGUUGUUCCUGUAAAGUCCUUGAAUUUCGGUGCUUACUUUGUCCAACCCGGAUUCCCAAGUACCUAAAAGGAGCAAACACAGAAAUGUCUUCAGGAUAAAAUUGCUCAUGUUGUGGAAGAACUAAAUAAGACAUAGACUCAAGGCUUUUUUAGCACUGAAUGGAGUCCUUGAAAAAUGGGAAAUGUGUCCUUCAAAGUCCUGGGAAAAGUCCUUGAAUUUUUUGUUCAAAAGAUGGGGACGAACCCUUGGGCUUAUUUGCUGUAAAGACCGUGCAGACCAGAGCCUCUUUAAUGUAACCCACACCCAACAAAACCCAUGCAAGAAAAGCUCAAAAAUCACUCACCAGAGGUUAAAACCACUCAGCUUGCUCUAGCCUGCGUGCAAUCUCUCAAGCUUGGGGUGAAUGACUGCCCCUCCCACCCCAUGUCAAGCAAAACUAGAUCUUGUCCGCGUUUCUGCAGGCUAGACAGGCUGGAUUUACCAGUAGUGUAUCACUGAAGAUUCGUCAGCAAUAUCAAGGCGAAGUUAAUUAUUAAGUGCUAACAAUUUACUGUUGUUUUAUUUAGAGCUUUGAAGCGCUGUCUGAGAGAGCUGUAGCAGUUGUUGUUGAUCCUAUACAGAGUGUCAAAGGAAAGGUAUGGUCUCAUUGUAAAGAAAAUGACACGGCAUUGUGAUCAUAAAUCCAGCUAGGCUGAACUUUUCACAUGCAGUGUGAUGGCCCAUUAAACUAGAUCCGCAUGCUGCAAACCUGCAAGGCGCCUUGGGUUUGAGCCCCAGUUUGUCCCAAAUGUGGAUAGGCCCUUUGCAGCUAUGGAUGAUACGACCCUUCCUCUACCAAAAUCAUGGGAUACAAACUGGCCUUUGAGAACUGUCGUGCAUUCAUAUGGUCACCUUUCAUAUGAAUACGUGGCAAACAUGUUCGCCUACCAGUACCCGAAACAAAAGCAAGCGUUACCUUAGGUAGAGCGAGAAACAUUGGCCUUUCUUUAAAAAAAAAAGCUGAUGUGCCUUUAAUUUGGUGACUGGUCGUUUCAAGCCCACGGCGGGGAGUGGUUUCGCUAACGUCCCGUUCGCGAACGUCUCAUGUCGUUCCGCCAAGAAGCGAAACGAGCGCUGCGCAUGUAUAUGCUUCGUUCUCUCAGUCAUGAUACAAAAAAGUGGGAUACGCAUGUAUAUACUUCGUUCUUUGACCCUCUGAUCAGGUGAAAGCAGUUAGGGAACUGACCCAACACCUACGCGAAACGACUUCAGAAGUGGGCGAACAGGACGUUGGCGAAACGACUGUUAACCUUUUAGUUUAUAUUGUUUAUUUUGUAUUGUUUCAAACCACUCGUUUAGGUGGUAAUUGACGCCUUCCGACUCAUCAAUCCCAACAUGAUGGUGUUAGGUCAAGAAUCAAGGCAGACCACUUCCAAUCUUGGACAUUUGCAGAAGCCUUCAAUACAGGUGCAAGUUCUUUCUACAGAAAAUUAAUAUGGUUUAUUUAUUGGAGGCCUUUAGAUUCGAGGAGGAGAGCGAGAUUCAAUUUAAGGUUUUUUCGCUUCAAAAAAGACACCCCGGAAAGCUUCAUUGUACUUUUAUUCAUCAGAAAAGGUAACACGGCGAUCUUCCCUGUUUAGAGGCGGGUGAAGUUUGGCGGAAAGCAUUUUCAAAUAAAAUUAUUGUCACGCUUGUCACACAAGGUUUGCCGUCGUCCUUCCUCUCCCGUCCAGUGUGGGCGUACUAUUUAAUAAUGAGAAAAUCUCGUACUCGCAAACGUCCUCAUCUUAAAAUCUGAUGGUCCCUAUUCUCUUCUAAAAUUUUUAUGCUUAUUUCUUUUAUUUAGGCUUUGAUCCAUGGUCUCAAUAGACACUAUUAUUCCAUCUCCAUCAACUACAAGAAGAAUGAGCUUGAACAGAAGGUGUGCAUGUAGCUUUUAUUUCUAUAUUUAUAUUAUUUAUGUACUACAUGUAAGGCUUAAGUUAUUUUUCUAGCCAAUCAAAAAGCUCUUAGACGACCAAAUGAGCCAAUCAUAUCUCGCAAGUCUAUGUAGCUGACGCCAAGCGCGGGAAUGGCCAUGUGUGCAAGGUUUGGGGAGCAACGCUGGUGCAGUGGUGAGAGCACUUGCCUCCCACCUUUGUGGCCUGGGUUCGAACCCCCGGGAUUCGUUUCAUAAGUAUGUUGACUUUGAUCGUCCGGGUGAACGCAGCUCUUGAAUAGGACUGUUGUUGACAGUGACUGACGUUUCGACAACCUACAAGGUGCGGUGGUCAUCUUCAGAGUCGAAGUGAUUUGUAUCACGUCAGUUGAUGGUAUUAAACUAUGGUUAUUGAUCUGUCAUUCCACGUGGUACAGACACCGCCAUGCUGGGGAGCAAAACAUGCACUGGGAAAAAACAAUAAAAUUUACCAUUUUAAAUGAUGUCAGCUCUUUCAUUGUCCUGUGUCAGUGCGUGUCUUGGUCUCUAGAAUGGCAGCUUUGAACCACGUGAAUGACUGGCAGCAAAGGGCCUAUUCUGCCUAGACUACGAGUAGUCCCUAUUUAUCCUCAGGGAUAGUAGAGCGAACGAAACGCGAGCGCGCUUGAAAAUCACCCCACGCGAGAAAGGCGAGACGCGGCGGGGAGAGGAAAAAUUGGGACUUGUGGUUCAAUUCUACCAGAUGAUCGCAUUUCUGAUUCUGAAGUUUCUGUUCCUCAGAUGUUGUUGAAUCUACACAAAAAGACGUGGAUGGAUGGAUUAACUUUACAAGAUUACGACGAACAUUGUGCGCUUAAUCAGAAAACAGUGAAGGUAUGUUCAAUGGCUUAGCUCCAUGAUUACCACCCUUUUCGCUGAGGGGUGUGGCCUCCACGUGCCGCAAAAAGCUGAUAAAAGUUUAUGACGUAACUCAGAUUCCUGAAAGGGAAGCAGGUCUACCUGGGAUGAAAAUUAUUACCAGAAUCACAGCGCAAAGUUUCAGUUGUGUAGGAGCUGCUCGUAAAGUCUUUCCUGAUAGGUCGCAGAAAACAAUGACAUGUUUUUUUUUUUAAUUGUUUAGUAUUGUUUGGGGUCAGGGUUAGGCAUAGCCUCCCACGCACUUUUUCAUCCCUACCCACCAACGCCUGCUCAACCGAAGACAACAUUCCUUUCCAAAGCUUAGCCAAUUACAUUGUACUUUCCAAAUUCUGGAAAGUUGACCUUGACCGCAAGGUAAUCUGAUAAUUAUUCGAUCUGCAUGAAACACUGGAAAAACUUUCUGACCUCUAAUAAAGGUUAGAUUCAGAGCGGCAAAAAUAAGAUUGAGUCAAAUUUUAAAAUACUCUAUGCACUUCAUAACCUUAGCAAAGGAAAGAAAAAAGGAAAACGUUAAUUCUAGGGUCACGUUUAAGUCGCCUUUAGCCUGUCAACACUUUAUUGCACAUCUGUUUAUUGUUCACUUACCACGCAAAUAAAACAAUGGGAAAGGAAUGUUGUUUUCGGUUGAGCAGGCGUUUGUGGGGAGGGAUGAAAAACGAGCUCCCCUAAAAACGCCUGCGUGGGAGGCUAGGUUAGGCACCAUUGGUGACUUCUCUUCCAUGCAGAUGCUACAUGACCCCAAAGUUUAGUGUGUAAACCUGAGACACCCUCUCAACACGUUCUUCUUUUUUUCUUUUGAAAACUCCAGUUGGGUUCUUCCGCCUUUUUGAACAGAAAUAUCCGGACAGUGUUUAUACACGGGUGUAAAAACCGUUAUUUUUUUCUUGCAGGAAAUGUUAGAGCUUGUCAAAAAUUACCACAAGGUAAGUGACGACAGCACUAGCGCCCUUUCUUGACACAGCAACGAAAUUAACUCGUUCUUCACCUUCGGGUCAGUCAAGUCAAGUCCCUUCGAAAGUGUAGCUAGUAUUUCAUUUCAGCAUCUAUACAAUGCCUAGGGUUGGUUUGGGGGCAGUCUCUUGAAAGCCUUUUAAAGUUGCCUAGCACAACUCGAAACAAUUUUGUCUUCUUUGUGUUCUUAAAUAAUCAAUCAUUUACAGGUCACUGUAGAUUAUUCUUUCUUUAGGAAUAUAUAUUGCAGACAAUUCUUGGUUUUUGUUGUUAUCGAAAAUCUACCAAAAGUCCUUUAUUGAAUAGGUAAUUUACGCAACACCCGAGUCGAUGAGUGUUAAAUCCUUUUGUUUGUUUGUAGGCAGUGGAAGAGGAAGAUACCAUGACCCCAGAACAACGAGCGAUAAAAAAUGUCGGCAAACAGGUGUGUAUGAAAUGA